AUGGCCUGUGAACAGGAUAUUAUUGUUGGUAUCGACUUUGGUACUACUUUUUCAGGUCCGUCAUUCCAGAAGGUCCACAAUCUCUCAAGCAGACCAAUCGUUGACUCAGAUUUCACAGGCAUUGCGUUCAUUAUCCCUCCGUAUGACAGAGUCGACAAUCCCUCCAGGGAGAUUCAGAUUUUCCAAAGCUGGGAAGCAGAAAAAGGAUCAGACAAAACUCCAAGCAUCUUGGCGUACAGCGAGGAGAGCCCAAGUCUACCUUUGUCUCCUUGGAAGCUCCAAACUCUAGCACAACCCGCGGAAUCCUUGUCUUGGUUCAAGCUCCUGUUGGAUGAAGAACUGGAUAUUGAGAAUUGGAUCCGUGAAGUUCAAGGAUGGGCGAGUUCCAGGGGAAUUUUCUAUAUUCCUGAAGGAAUGACCGCGCUUCAAGUCAUCACCGACUUUCUCGGCUGUCUUCGUGACGCUUUAUGGAAAAGGCUGAGGACAGCAGUGAAUACAUCAGAGGUAAAUUUUGAUACGACACACAUCCAAUUUUGGUUCACAGUGCCGGUUUCGUGGUCCGACACGACCAGAGCGCUAAUGCGAGAGGCGAUUCGAAACGCCGGCUUUAGCACGAGAGAUGGAGAUGAAGUCCAUUUGCUCACCGAACCACAGGCCGCUAUGACAUUUGCUCUGGCAGAUAAAUCCUUAUUCUUGGUCGGGGAUGGAGUAAUUAUCUGCGAUUGCGGUGGUGGAACAGUUGAUCUUGCCAGUUAUCAGAUCUCUCAUGAUAAUCCAUUAAUAUUUGAUGAGCUGGCUCACAGCAAUGGAGAGUUAUGCGGUUCCACUCUGAUUGACAGAGAAUUUUAUCGGCUCAUGUGCGAAAGAUUUGGUGAUGCCUUCCGAAACUUACCGCGGGAAAAAAUCAGUCCAUCCAGUGCUUUCAUGAAAGCGUUCGAGAAAAUCAAAUGUAAAUUUGAUAAAUCCACUGGUACAAUCCACCGUCUGUCAUUGAUAAUGUCCAUUGAAAAGCCUCUGAAUGCCAAGUGUGCCGACCUCGAAGUUUUCUUUAACAACGCUCUUGCGAAGAUCGCCAAGGCGCUUCAACACCAGAUCGAAGAGGCGAAUAACUCUGCCCGUGAAAUUAUGAUUAACAAAAUCAUUCUCGUGGGGGGAUUUUCCCUUUCGCCUUAUCUCUACAGAAACCUGCAGCGAUUGUUCGGAAGCAGCUAUAUCAUCCACAGGCCGAAUAUGGGGAGCGGUUUUGUGGGGAUCCGGCGCUUGCCGGCCUCGAACUAG